GAUAUAAAUUCCAUUUUAUCCUGCUUUAAAUCGAGACCUAUAUCUUGAUUUCGAUAAAUUUCGUUCCCAGCGCCUUUUGUCUCUCUUUAUGUAUCAGGACGACAUCGCCAUCCCGAAGUCAGAAAAGAUACAAGAUGCCCUGGGGACGAAGUUGGAUAUUUAACCACCCUCUUCUUAUGAACGCCCUACCUUAACAACCUAAGUCUCGUCGCUUUGUAUCAUGCGGGUUUCUGUUAGUUACGUGUACUACAAAUUGCAUUAUGCUUGAUAAGUAGAAAUGACUAUUAAAACUGAUUUUUUCAUGAGAGAGUUGAAAACAGUGUAACAAACUUUUUGUCUUCUUGCAAUUUUAAGCAUAACAGUGAACUCGCUUCAUCUCGAAUACUCUCUAUCUUGACCAUACACCUUGGCUCCUUUCUGUCGCUUUGAAAUGUAUUUUAUCUAUUUUUUUGUAUUUUAUUUUUACGGAAAACUGUAAAUUCUUCAACGGCAAAAAAAGAAAAAAAGACAAAAAAAAAGAAAAAUCUCAAACAAUGUCUUGAGUUCGUGUCAGAGAAAGUAUGCUUUAUUAUUGUUUGUACUUAUUGUUGUUGUUGACGCUUUUGUGUCUUUUUUGUGUUUUUUAUUGUUAUUUUUGUUGUUUGUUGUUUGUUGUUGCUGCUGAACGAUAUCCGAUGUUUACGCGCCUUUAGGAAGACUUUGCCUAACCCUAAACACGCAAGAGUUUGCUUAACCUUAACGCAAAUCACAGAAAUUUAAGAGCAGCAAAGAUAUAAAAAACAGACAGAAUUUCAUAUAUUAUUGACCUUUCACAGUUAUAUAUAGUUAGGCACAUUCCAUUACUAUAAACAAUUCCGCACUCCCCCACAAAAUAAUAAAUUUGAUUGAGUAGGAGAAUAGUUGUUGUUUUUAGCAUCUGCCAAGGAGUUUAUUUUUUUAACAAUGCUGACAUGGACAGAGCGAUCUGAUACAAAUCUUUAUGUAGAAUUUAAUGAUGGUUGAAAGUUGAUUGUUUGAAGUAAGGUGAAGAUUGCCUAAUUACUGCAUAUUAUAAAUUAAAGAGUGGAAUUAGAUCAUUAGAAAAUAUUCGUAUAAUUAUGAGUUUUAUUUAAUACAAAGAUUUUUAGGUUUAAAUGAUAUCGUUUUUUCUAUUUGUGCAACUAACUGAGAUUUCAUAGAUUGGAUGUUUGUAUACGAGAACUUUUAUAUAAAAAUUUGAAAUAGUAUCGCUAAUAUGAGCCGGUGUUCAACGAGUCAACGUUUAUAUAGAGUCGGCGUACUAGAGAUAUGGCACAGUUGGUGAUGUAAACACUACAUUAAAUUGAUGACAGGGUUUGCUAUGAAAUGUGUUGUACAAUGUGGCCGAACAUAUAGUUUUAAUUUAACUGGCAAUAGGUUUUUUAUUGUCUUUUGUAUUUUGAACAAAUAAUGCAUUCUGUAUCGAGUAAAGUAAAUUUUAAAAACCGAUCUGCACCAGUAAAGCUUUCGAAGAGGGAUUUUAGCUCUGUUGUUUGUAAGGAUAAAUUUGUUGGAAUUGUUUAUAUAUCGCAGUUCUACAAUGCCUACUUAACAAACUGCAUUGGAAUAUUGUGUUGGUUUGUUUUAUGUUGAAACAAGUUUUUUUUAAAUUGCAUUUUGUUGUUGUAUAUAUCCUAUUCUCUAGUAUUUCUAAAAUUUAUUUUUGGUAAAGCUUUUGUCGAGUUUUGUUGUUAGCGUGUUGAACUUGGAUUUGCAAAGCUGUUGGAUUAAAAUUAGACUCCCCCUUAAGCAAAGUUUUUUUUCCUGUUCCACAUGAACGACAAAAACAUACAAACAUUAUGGUGAUGCAACACUUUAAAUAAACAACAAAUAAGCGAAUUGGCGUAUCCGUGUUGGUUAAAAAAUGUUGAACAUUUUUAGAAAGAAAUUGAGCUCAAAGGGCUCCCUAACCUUUCAGCCUUAACUUUAAUAAUGUAAUUUUAAGGAGGUUUUUAUUAAAGUGGAACAAUGCUUAUGAAAAAUGAAACAUAAAUAUGAUGAACAUGUUAUAAAAAAUAUCAAUAAUGCCAUCGCCACCGUAUUGUUUCGAAUUUUUAAAUAUGUGCUUCUUUUAAUAAUGAAGCUUUUAUCAAAAUUGUUUAUUUUGGAGAAAGUUUUUAUUCGUGAAAAUACAGUAUAUAUGAAGCAAUAUUUAUAAACAAAGUAUAACCUGAUUUUCCUCUUGCUAAUUGCACCUUAUUUCAAUAUUUCCUUGUAAUUAGAUUUUUGACGUUUUCUUGCCAAACGAACCAUGAAAAUUACUUUCUCGUAAUAUUGGAAACGUAUCUCUAAUGUCAGUUAGCGCAAAGCAUAAACAAAAAAACAACUAACCAGUUUGUUUUCGCAACGAGCUUUGUUAAUUGACUUUUUGUCUACCCAGACUAUAAGGAGCACAAAACAAUUGAUUCAAUUAUUAAAAAGUGUAUACUGUAGCAAAACAAUUUUUUUGUAUUUAGAUUACAUUUGACAGAAUUUUUUUUUUAAAAAAAAAAUCAGAGAUCAAAGAACAAUAGUGUCAAAACAGUAUGAUUAGCGUGGAUACGUAUCCAAAUCAACAGCACUCCGAAUACUCAAACGUGUCAAUCCUAACACAAGCUCGUUUAUCACGUCAACACGCGAAAGAAAAAAUAAACCGAUCGAAAAAAUCAGCAGCAGCGAAACAGUUUGCUUCAAGUCUUAAAAGACGCAUCGUUCCAAAACAGACUUGUACAGACAAAUCAGAGCGUUGUUGUACCAUAGGAUGUUGUGGAAUAUCAAAAAAGAGCAGAAUUGGUAAAUUUUGCAAUCAGUUUGGUAGUUGCAUACUUAAUAAAAUGAUACCCAGCGAAAACACAAAACCACUCGAACCUUUGGUGACAAACGGUCAGGUUGACAGAAGGAGAGUUUGCAUAAACAUAGCUGGCAAAAGAUACGAAACUUUGGAGAGUACUUUAGCUAAAUAUCCUGAAACGUUACUGGCUUUACCACAAAGGGAACUUUAUUUUGACAGUUUAAAUGGUGAAUAUUUUUUUGAUCGAAAUAGAAAGGCAUUUGGAGCUAUAUUAACUUAUUGUCAAACGGGUGUUUUAUUAAAGCCACCAAAUUUAGACGACCGUAUAUUUGCAGCAGAGCUUAGAUUUUUUGGAUUUGAAGCUGAAAGUCAAGCACACAUACCACAAAACCCAAUUGAUGAAACUGCUACAUUAUUACCUUCAAAUCCAAUGCUCAAAAAAAUUUGGCAGCUGUUUGAAUUCCCUGACACAUCGUUUUUCGCUAGAGUCGUCUCCCUGUUUUCUAUGUCUGUCAUACUUCUGUCAAUUGUCAUGUUUUGCUUAGAGACACUACCCGAGUUUAAAGAGCCGCAAUACAAAAGAAAACCAUAUAAAAACGGUACUAUGUUAGUACAGACAAGCUUUGUUACAAGAAAAGAAUACGCACCAGUAUUUUUUGCAGUGGAAUCAGCCUGUAUUGCUUGGUUUACCUUUGAAUAUACACUGAGACUUAUAGCUUCACCGAAAAAAAUACAGUUUAUGUAUCAACCUUUAAAUAUGAUUGACUUGGUCGCUAUUAUACCUUUUUACAUCACCCUUAUCCUAAGUCAAACGGAUACGAACGUGUCAAGUUUAUCGAUAUUGCGAGUGUUGAGAUUGGUGCGUGUGUUCCGUAUAUUUAAGUUAUCACGGUACAGCAAAGGACUGAAGAUUUUAGGAUACACAUUUAGGGCGAGUUUGCAAGAGCUAGGCUUGUUAGCCUUCUUCCUGUUGAUUGGAAUUAUUUUGUUCGCCUCUGCUGCUUACUACUGCGAGGAGCAAGAACCAAACACAAAAUUUAGAAGUAUAAUACACGGUUUCUGGUGGGCAAUUGUAACAAUGACCACGGUUGGAUAUGGAGAUAUGUAUCCGGAAACAUUAGGUGGUCAGAUAGUUGGUUCAUUCUGUGUUUUGGUUGGAGUGCUUGCGAUCGCUUUUCCUGUACCUGUAAUUGUCAAUAAUUUCACUUACUACUAUACCUUGGAGCAAGGCGCACCGGAGCCUUUAGACGAAGAGUAUUUAGAGACACCGUUAGGUAACAACAGAAAUAGUUACUCUGCGAGGGAGAGCGUCAGCACGUUGGGGGAUUCAGAUGAUGAAACGAACGAUUUUAAUAAAAACAAUACGAAGAAGCGCAAACAUGGCGGACCUAAUGGUUUAAUAAGUUUACAGCCUUCGUCGAGCGUGAAUAGUGAUUUUAAUGUUCAAAUCGAGUCUCCCGUGUGACGUUUGUAGCGAUAGUUAUCAAAGAAAAAAGAGGAAGAGAUAUAGCAUGAGUCAAUCUAGAAUACGCACGCCACACUUCAAAAAGACGUCACACUUCAAAAAGACGUCACACUUCAAAAAGACGCCAUACUUUAAAAAGACGUCACAUAACGCUGACGGAUCACAAGACGAUGAUUUUAUGCAAGAACUUCACAUCAAUCGUCUCUGCGUUUUAGUUCAAUAAAACAUGACAAAGAAGAUCGUCAUCUACCCCCAAAAAAACAUAAUAGUUUUUACAAUACAAACUUAACAAACAGCAAAAGAAAAAAGAAAUUUUUGAAACUUUGUAUAAGUGAGGAAAGUAUAUUUUUUUAUGUCGUAGUGUCUUAGUAAUCGUAUGAAAAUUCCUACCAACUAAUAGAAAAUUAGAUUUUAAAUAAAAAAAUCAAUAAACUAACAACAAAUCAUCAACUUUGUAAAGCCAACCUCGGAACCAGUCCUUACCAUCCCUCCUGAAUCAAGUCCACACGAUCAAUAUAGCUAUUUAAAUAUUAACUUUUUUUAUAAAUCUUGGAACAACUAACUUGAUAGUAAUGGAAAUACCUCAACCUAAUAUUUAUUUUUCUUUCAAUUUCAUUCACCUUAAUUACAGAAAACUUCGCGCCCUUUUUCUCGCUCCUCCUAUUAUUUCGCCUUUCAAAUUUUCGCGCGCUUUUUUAAUUUUCGUCCCUUGUAUUUUCCACGCGCCUUAAAUUUUCUUUGCCCAUUGGACGAAGACAAACAUUUCUGAAAUUAAGGUUAUGAAUCUAUCUAUUUUAACGCAAAAAAGAAUUUGGAUAAUCGAGGUAGGAUAUUGUAAAUUAAUGUUUUUUACCUUUAUAUUUUCGAACGCCUCAUUUUGAAAAAAUAUUUAUUUGUUAUUU